AUUGCCAACCAUCUUCCCGUCCCAAGAUAUCUUCUCAAAUUUUCGAUUUCUCCUCCAUGGAAACUGAAGUUGCCGACGUGCUGACGAAAGUUGGGUGGAAGGAGCUUUGGACCUUUCUGUAUCCGUUAUCAACUGAAGCGGGGCCCCAGGGAAAAAGAUAUCCAGGAGCUAGUGAUUCCUUAGUGACAGAAGUCAUAAAAGAUGGAUCCAAAUUUGUCAGCUACUCACGAGUGGUCGAAUGGUUAUCAACAGAGUUAAACCAACUCGGUAAUUUGAAUGAACAUGUUAAUGCUAUCACAUCCCAGGAUGAUUCAAGCGCAUUCCUGCUGGAGAUAAGCUGUUUUUUGAAACAAUUAGGUUGUCAGUACAAAUCAUUGACUGAAGGGCAUUUAAACGACAGAUUCCAGUCUCCCUCUGAUAGAAUACUGCUUUUAGAUUAUUUAGCAACUGAGUUACUUGCCUCUCGAAUAAUUGCGAGGAAUUCCUCUGAAUCAACCAAUUUUAUGGUCACUUUGGAGGAGUCCUCAACCGCCAAAGACUUGAAAACAUGUUUGAGCGCUCUGAAAGUGUCUGUUCCUGUUAGACUUUCUCCUGAAAAAUUAUUUUCAGAAAUUCAGGGAAAGAUAAAGAUUGUUCUAGAGAAUGUGCCAAAAGAUCUAGUGAUUAAACCUUUAUUUAGCGGAGAAGUCUCUAUUCACCAGUGGGAUCGGAUCGCAGAAAUCUUUUCAGAAUUACAGUUGGAGUACAAAAUUCGAAGAAAAAUGUUACUGAAAAGGCUUGAUGUUACUGUGAAAUCCUUCAUGUGGUCCGAAAGAAUCGUUGGAAGAGAAGACGUUAUAGCCUCUGUAUACUAUCCAGUGCGACAGAGAUUGAAAGCAGACCCCAAUAUGGAAUUGGCAAAUGUUCUCUCUGCUGGAGAAGAAUUGGCACUGUUCGAAAAAACUUCCUCUAUGACAGUUAGAAUGGGUACUCAAUCCUCUGUGAACAAAGUUGUAAUUGGUAAUGUUCCAGAUCGAGGGGGAAGACCAAAUGAGCAGCAGGCACCACCACCUGAAAUGCCUAGUUGGAGUCAGAGGACAUCUGACAGAGGCUCUAGAGGGCAAGGAGGAUAUUCUUUUCUGGAUCGAAGAGGAGGUGAUAGAGGGGGAAACAGAAGAGGUUCGAAUCAAGAUCGAGGAGGAAGGGACAGAGAAGGUUGGAGGCAAGAACUAGACAAACACAGAAAAAAGGCCAAAAAAAGCUGGUAAAGAUGAUGAAGAUGAUAGCAAGUAUUACAGUCUCUUAGUUAGCUCCUAUCUCAGCAACUGAAACUGUUGCACAGCGUAUUCAAUCCCCUAAUACAGCUAGUUGUAACGCCGAGAA